GUUCACUGCAUCUGUGCAUAGCCAUUGAAAUCCCAUCUGAGGCAGUAUCUAUAUCGCAUGCUGUACGAUAACGUUUACUUGAUCCCUUGAGCAGAAUCCCAAUCCUCCAGUAAUCCGAACCUGUUCCAGUCCACAUUACCGCCAUCAUGCAAGUAGCUGAGAUCCUCUCCGACUUGACAUCCCUUCGCGUCUGUGAUCACCACGACGCCCUCGCGCUCGUCACUGUCAAUGAGAGAAUACCCCAUGAUACAGAGCAGCUAGGUUCCAUUGCUACAGCUCAAGCAGACGCCGUGUCGAAACAGGACGGUUAUGAGAACGACGACCUCCGUCGCGCCAAAGAACUCGUCGACUUGCACUACGAGAUUAAGGCCCGCCAUGCGCUUGGAACGGUGGACGAGGAGCUCGCUCGUGCCAGGGAAGAGGUGGCUCGAGUGUUAAGGGAGCUCAGCUCACCACCGCAUCGUCACGCGUCGGUCGCUGCACCAUUUCGACCUCCCAAUCCCUGUUCGAUCCUCGAACUACGGCUCGCAAACAUGGCGACCAGCGUGGAUGCAAAACUGCUGAAGCAGACCAAAUUCCCUCCGGAAUUCAGCCGGAAGGUGGACAUGAACAAAGUUAAUAUCGAGGUGAUGAAGAAGUGGAUUGCUGGAAAGAUCUCCGAGAUUCUAGGAAAUGAAGACGAUGUGGUGAUUGAGCUGUGCUUUAACCUUUUGGAAGGGUCGCGGUUUCCCGAUAUCAAGUCCCUUCAGAUUCAACUCACCGGGUUCCUGGAUAAAGAUACGGCCAAGUUUUGCAAGGAGUUGUGGUCGCUGUGUCUGAGUGCUCAGGAAAAUCCCCAGGGCGUGCCCAAGGAGUUACUGGAGGCUAAGAAGCUGGAGCUUAUACAAGAGAAGAUCGAGGCGGAAAAGGCCGCGGAGGAGGCCCGUAAACAGAAAGAACAAGAGCGCGCACGCGAGCGAGAGCUGGAGGACCUCCGACGUCGAGAACGCUCUGAACGCACAAGGGGAGGAAGACGAGGCGGCGGCCGCGGUGGUCGAGAUUUUGAUAGACGUCGCUCGCCUCCGCGACAACGCAGUCGAGACCGGUAUCGAGGCCCGCCUGCCCGACGCGAAUUCGACUCCUACGUGCCCGCGGGCUCUCGUCGCGGCCGUCUACCCUCCCGAUCCCCCAGCCGCUCUCGCUCGCGCUCCGUGUCCUCCUCUCGGUCACCACCUCCGGCUCGUCGACAGCGCCCUAUUCCCAACGACCGACCCAGACGACGUCGAUCGGUGAGCGGCUCUGUGUCUCCGGACCGCGGAGAUCGCAGACGGCCCAGAAGACGCAGUCCUGAUUACGGUGAUCGUGCAAGAUCCAGAACCCGCAGUGAAUCAUCCCGCUCACGUAGUCCCAGAAGAGACCGACGGAGACGGAGAUCCGUUUCUUCCCGCAGUGCCUCGCGUUCACCGGUCUACAGAGAUCGACGUAGAAGAAGAGGCUCCUCUGGAUCGAGGUCGCGUUCGAGGUCGCAAGGGUCGGAUGGUAGCGCCAGACGCCGAGGAUCCUCGCCUCAUACUUCACGAGAUGAUAAGAAAGAAUCCACCGCUGAUAUUGCAAAGGCCCGCAAGUCCCGUGACGACCGCCGCUUGAGUCGCAGCAGAGAUCGCGACCACACCCGCCGACGACGCCGGCCCUCGUCCCGGAGUGUCAGUCGCAGCCGCAGCCGCAGUCGAGGUCGCUCCCCGAGUCAGGAUUCCCGCAGUCCCAGUCGCAGCCGCAGUCGCAGCCGCGGCGAUCGAAAGCGACGCCGGUCCAUUGAGAGAUAUGCCCCGGUUGCCCGGAGACGACGCAACACGUCCUCCGUAUCCGUUCGCAGUGACAAACGCAAGAGAAUGGCUGAUGAAGAUGAGGAAGCCAGACGAUCAUCCCCGCCACCUACCAAGCCGAGCUCAAGCGACCAAGGGAUGAAGGAUGCCACUGAGGUGGGUGAAUAAAAUUUCGAGGGUACUCUUCACGCUGUGUCUAUGGUUUCCUAAACUGUCCCAUCCCAACCCACCCGAGCCCGCAUUUCCAGCUCUGAACUCCGCGAGAGACUUCUCCGCGAGAAGAUAGUCGCGAUGCGCCGCACCGCCUCGAGCGACCAGGUAGGUAGCACUCGAUUAUCAAAGUAAUCACCUCCAAUCAUACAGAUCUCCGCCCCGAAAGGACACGAUUGGAGGAAUUUUCACCCUUACAAAAAUUAGCGAUCACUGAUGGCACGUGGUCAUCAACAAAAAGUACAUCCAACAAAAC